CCUCACCUCCCUGCUGCGGGACUGGAGCAGCUUCGUGCUGGUGGAGGGCUACUCCUAUGUCAAGCUGAUGCCCAGCUCCCAGGGUCCAGCGCCUUCCUCGUUCUACGUGGUGAGGCUCAUCUCCAAAGCUCCCUGCAUGGUUCUCCGGCUGGGGUUCCCCAUCGGGACGCCUGCCCAGGCCAGGAACCAGAUAGUGGAGGAGCUCCAGGGCCGGAUCCUGCAGCUGCGCUUCCCCCACCGGGUCCAGAGCAAGGAGGCCACUCCCAAAGUGAAGAGGAAAACGUUCGGGAGCAGCUCCCCCUCCAAGUCCCCGCCCAUGGCCGGGGCCCCGCCCACCCUCUCCGACACCCCCUGCCCCGUGGGGCUGCACAAGCCGCUGGAGAAGCUCCUCGCGCUGGAAGGGGGCCGGUGCCCCCGGGAGGCCAAGGGGCAGGAGCAGGAUCUCAUAGGGCCCCACCGGGGUGAUGGAGGCCAGGCUGAAAUCGGCGUUUGUGUCCAGUGGCACCAGCUGUGA